AUGUCACUCUUCUUGUUAAAAUUUGACCUUUAUAAUCUUUUAAUAUUAAUUUUACUUCAAGGUGUAGUAUUUCCUCCCUCCUAUUCACUCAAAGAACCUGUUAACUUAGAUAUUAAGUCAUAUUCUCUGAACGAUGAUAUAAAAAAGAUAUCCAAGUUUAGAAAAUGGACAACAUUCAAGGUCACAGAUCCAGUUAACAAGAGAAUUGGGGAGGUGAAAUAUGGAGCAAUAAUUAUUAUGAAGGACACUACAGAUGAUAUAUCAGAGAGGAUUGUUUACUUCAAAGUUUUAAGACGUUUAUUAGAAAAAUACAUUGUAAAAAUAGUGUCAAUAAUAAAAGAUGUUCCUUAUACUGAUGAGUUUAUAAUAAUAGACACAGAAUUUGACAAAAAAUGUAUAAAAAUACAGAGGGAACCAAUAGAUAUAAACAUUAGAAGAAUUGACAAAACUAUACUUAAUGUAAAUAAUUCCAUAGAAGGAUGGACUGAAUAUUCUAUAAGGAAUGAAAUUACAUCUCAGUAUAGAAUGGGAAGUAUAUUUGAAGGAUCUACAGUGAUAAUUUCUGAUUCCACAAAUAGUAAUAUUAGAUUAAGAUAUCUACAUGUAACAAAGGAUCAUAGUUACUCGAAUAUGAUGCAUCUUUGUUUGCCAUUUCUUAGAGUCUCAUAUCCCAAAAUUGUUAGGGUUUUUACUUAUUACCAUGAAGGUGAGAGGUCUUUUGAUGAGUUUGUGCAAACAAGUAGAAAUGGAAUUAAAGUAUACACUGAGCUUGUUAGAAGUUCUGCUAGUUUAGAUUUAUCAUUGAAAAAUAAUAAGUACAUUAAAAAAACAAGAACGGAAUCAGAUAAUUAUCAGCACAUCAUUUCUGAUAGGUUUAAAAACUGGUGGAAGAUCGGAAAAGUAACUAACAAAUCCUUAUUAAUAGUUGAUGACGACGAGAGUGUUAGACUUAGAAGUGUUUAUACACACGUAGAUGAUAUAAAUUUUGAAUUUGUAGAGGUGAAAACCUGCCAUAAAAGGGGCGAUUGCAAAAAGUGUAAAUAUGUAUUGGAAAACAAUACAUACAAAGAAUCUACUUGCAAAUUAGAUAUGGAUGAUUUGAAAGAAAGUGCCUCAAUGGGAAACAUGUUCUCCUCAGAUGACAAACUUUCUAAUAUAAACUCUGAGAAAUACUUAAAGGGUAUAGUUUCUUUCGAUAAACUUAAAUCGUCUACUAAUGAUAUAGUUGUCGAUGUAAUGAAUCCUUCCUCAGAUCACUUUGCAAUAGAUAUGUUACCAUCAUCAAAGGGAAUAUUUUUUUCACUAAAUAAAGAACUAAUGGGUAAAGACAAUUAUCUAAGAUUGACUAGAGGUGACAAAUCGCUUGUUUAUGUUCACUUGUAUAAAGCAUCCGAGUUAGAAUUUGUAGUAAAAAUGGGAGAAAAUGAAGAACCAAGGAUAUUAAUGUGGGUUAAAUGUGGUAUAGAUCUUUUCAAAGCUGACGAAUUCAUAAUUAUAGAUUCAAUUAGGAAUAGAGCAAUGUAUUUAUCAAACAAAAUAGAUUCAAAAGUGAAGGAGUUUAUUAAUUAUAUUGUAAACUAA